AAUGAAAAGCGAAAAAGAGACGCGCUCGGUUUCAAAUGACAAAGGCAUUUAGAUAAAUACCUAGAACUCGAUGUUUAAGUGUUUCAACUUGACUAAAAGCCAAAUAAACAAAAUAAAAUCAAGUGCAAGUAGUAUUAAACAAAAUUAAUUAAAAAGUGCGCGAAGUUUCUGACAAGUAAAGGCAUUUGCAGCUGCAAUAACAACAACAACGACAAGCACAAUGGACCCGUUCACUCAGCGAAUGCUAGAGAAGGCAGAACAGCGCAGUCGCGCCUUGGGCAUAACCAAUGCCAGCGUUUUUCCGCUAUCGGAAUGCAGUUUAGCGACGCCACAGACAACAGAGAAGCCAGCGCCUGCAACUAAUAGCAGCGGCAGCAGUGGAAAGAUUGUUGUGCUGGAGAAGGCGCAACUGGAAGCGUCACCCACAAAACCGUUGCGCCAUUAUGCGGCCGUCAACAAGGAGAAUAUGGAAAUGGGCAUUGAGAUAAACAUAACCACAGCGCAGCCAAUUGGGGUACAAGUGGAAAUACAGGAGCAGGACAUGACAGAUACGGAGGAGGAUGAGGCAGAUUCGAGUAAGCAGCAAAAUGUAGCAGCUCCUGUUAAUCAGCCGUUGGCACGUCUAAGAGACACAUCACGCAGCCGACUGCAACGCAUGGGCGCUUUGUACUCCAACACGGAUGAUUUAUCCUCGCCCAUACAUCGCACUGAGGCGCAGUUUCAUGCAGGCGAUGAUGAAAUGCCGCGCAGUCCACGCAAAGGCAAGCAGCGCUUGGGAAAGUUGGCCGCGUUAGCGGAUACUAUCAAUCAAUGGGAGGAUGAUACAGCGCAUCAUGAUGUGCAUCGUCCGCUUUUAGAGUCAGUGCCGCCACCCAAACCAGAGCUGCCAAGUCGACCAGUUGCAAGCUCUAAGGCCAGCUCAGAUGCUGUAGAUGCCAGCAAGCAGCAAACUAAGCAGUUGAAAUGGGAUGCCAAGGUAUUGAGUUCGCUAGAAGCGCAGGGUUUCCAACGACGCGAGUCAAGCACCAUUAAACAUACUUAUGACUAUGUCAAACCCCAGCAGGAGGAGUCUACAGCAUCCAAGCCGCAAGUGCCGCAAAAGUCGCACACAGUGAGCCAAGUGGCCAAGAGUUUUAGCAGCAAUGCUGCCACUGGUGGGCCCGCUAAAUCCGCGCCAAAGCCUGUCAAGUCCGGUUUGGUCGCCGGUCGCGCUGCCGUAUUUGAGAACAAAGCACAAGGUGGCCAAGGCAGUCAGGCAGCCAAAGCUAAUCAAAAGGAUCCGUGUGAGUUAUCGCUCAAGGAUCGCAUGAAACUCUUCGAGACAGGAAAUGCUAAGGCUAUGCUGCCGAAGGCGCCCAUUGCAAGUGCGCCUACGCUGAAUCAGAUAAGAGCGCCAGAGCCCAAAGUGCAAGCUGCAGUGCAUCCCGUUACUGCUGCUGCCAAACCGCUCGCUGAGCCCGCAGCUGCCAAGCCAGAAAGCAAGCUGCGCGACAAAGUAGCCGCCUUGGUAGCCUCUGCCCAGUUUGCCACAGAAAAUCGCAUUAAGGACAUAGAUCGUCAGCGUCAGGAGGAUAUGCAGAUUAUAGCGCAACGUUUCAAUAAACAAAAAGAAGUUGUAGCGCCAGCGGUGGCGCCGCCAAGCAGCAAAGUAGUGCGUCCCAUGCCACCACCGCCGCCACCACCUAUGAUGGCCAACUCCUUAGCUAGCAGCAAGAGACGCUCACCUGGCGAUGCUAUAGACGAGGAAUCCAAACGUGCUCGCAAAUCCCAAACAGAUCGGCUUUAUCCCGCACUCUCUGAUUUGGACUCUAGCGAGGGUGAGAAUUGCUGUGCCUCGGCUACAGCUUCAAUGAAUGACGACAGCGAGGACCAAGAGCUGGAAAGUUGCAUGGCAGAGUCAGAGGAGUCGCAGACAGAGGACAGCAGCGCGGGCAUGGCCAAUGGCAGCCUAGGGCGUCAUAUACUCAACACUGUGCAGCGCAACGAGGCGCAGCAGCAGCAGCUGCAACAAGUGAAGAAGACGGUGCAUUAUGCAGCGCAGGAUGAUUAUUAUAGCCAGGAUGGAGGGGAUAGCUCAAUGAAUAGCUCGCAGGUAUCUGGAGGCAUUGAUGAUUAUUUGGACGAGGCCUUGGGUCAAGGCUAUGACAGUACCCAAGAUGAGCAAGAUACAGAGGAUGAGAACAACGCCAGUCAUCUCUCAUUAGGCAGCAAAGGCACAACUGCCUCCAAUAGCUUCUCUUUCCGCAAGACGCCCGCAUGCCAAACCAUUGCAGAGCAUCAGGAGGCCAUGGACAUACAGACACCUUUAAUGCAUGGCGCUGCGCAGCCUGUGAAGUCCGAGCUGAGCGUCAAUCAGGACAAGGACAAUCUGGUGACGCUGGUGCACACCGUUAGCUUCUACAGACGUCAACAAAGCGCCAAUAGCUCCAACUCGACACCAGUGCGCAAGAUUUGCCGCGAGCAGCAGGUAAUGCGCUCUGCCUUGGCGAGCGAUUGCCAUGCCAAGCAUAAGCUGGAGUACGAUUCACCAAUGGCGGGCGCUGCAGCUGAAAGCACAGACGACUAUAGCGAUGAGGAUGCAGACAUGCAGCAGGCGCGUGAGACCAACGAGGCUGCCAAGGUGCAGGAGAAGAUUAAGAAACUGCUCGAUGAGGUCUGCAAACAGCAGCAGGUUAUAGCGCAGGCCAGCCAAGCCUUGAAUCUGUGCGCAGCUACUGUGGAGUUCUCUGGCUCUACAGAGUCUGUUGAGGGCGAACGCUACUUGCUGCUGGCCACGCAUCGUCGACAAGCCUGUUUGGAUGAAGUGCAGCGGCUGCGCGUCGAGCACAGCGUGCGUCCAGUGGGCGCACCCAAAGAGAAGGGUUUGCUGACGCUUAAGGACAUUACCAUACCCUUGCGGCAGGAGUAUGUGCGCAAAAUGGCCACUGGCAACAUUAAUGGACAUCAUUUGGUCUGCCUGCUCAAGUACAAUGAGCAUGUGCUGGCUACCAAGACGGUGCCCACCAUGCCUGGCCUGCUGUCUGUCAAAUUUCCCGAUGUGCUGCAGUUGAAUCAUGUCUAUGCGGACUUCAGAAUCACCUUGGAAAUCUAUGGCAUGUUGGCGCAACGCGAUCAGCUGCCACACGAGCUCAAGUAUCACAUCAAUCUGAACAAAAAGGGCGGUGUGAAGACGCCCAAAAAGAAGGGCGGCGAGAAUCGUUUGGUUAUGCCGCCGGUACAGAGUCCAGCGGGUCCGCAUGUGGUGCGCACACCGCAGCUAGUGCAAUAUGGCUUUGCCAUCUUUUCGCUGCGUGAAAUUCAACGCACCAGCUGGACGCUGACGCAAGUGCUGGGCGUCAGUCCGCUGGAUGGCACCGUGCACAUGAAGGUCAACUGCGAGCUGUCCAUAUCGGUGGAGCACAAGGGCUUUCUUACGAUGUUCGAGGAUAUCUCGGGCUUUGGCGCUUGGCAUCGUCGCUGGUGCUAUCUAAACGGCUCUGUGCUCAGCUACUGGAAGUAUCCCGAUGAUGAAAAGAAAAAGGCACCCAUGGGCAGCGUAGAUUUGAGCACUUGCACUUCGACUAAGAUUAGCACUGCGCCGCGCGACAUUUGCGCACGUCUCAAUACCAUGCUGCUGGAAUGCGAGCGUCCAGCGCUGGACACUGACCAGGAGUCGCUCAUCAUUGUGCCCAACGGCAGCAAGACAAUAGUGCGCCAGCUGCUCUCGGCGGAUACAAAGGAGGAGCGCGAGGAGUGGUGCGCCUAUCUUAACAAGGCGCUGACGCUGCUGCGCGCCUGGGGCAACACGCAUUGAUUUCACGUUAAAUGUUUUCUUUUCCGUUUAUGUAUUUUUUAGUUUUAUAUACUUUGUCAGUCUAAACUUAAAGUAUUGUUUCAACAACGUUUUGUCAACACAAACUAUCUAUAUACAUAAUAUAUAU